CCCCCUUUCGCUUUUUAGCCCUUGACGUAUGAAGAGGGCGGUAGCAACAGUUGCCUCGAGACCCCCGCUCGCCAUAGUGACUGUAGUCGUGGAGACAGUUACUUACCAACGGGAGCAACACUCAGCAACAGCAGCAGCAGCAGCAACUGGAGGAGAGAGAGGGAAAAGAACAGUAAAGCCAGGGCAGAUCUAAGCAGAAGGCUGAGGAGAAACCAUGCAGCGGUCAGAGGGCGGCUCAGAGACGGCAUCCACUGUGGCACUGAGAACGUCCACUUCAGCCCAGGCGCCGGUGGUUCAGCCCGUUCCCGCCUCCCAACAGCGUGUGUUAGUUCAGGCCACCGGCUCUUCCCAGAAGGGAGCUCAGGUGCAGCAGUUGCCAGUGCCUAGAGUACAACAGGUCCCUCAGCAGAUCCAACAGGUUCAGCAUGUGUACCAGUCCCAGGUGCAGUAUGUGGAGGGGGCAGAGGCCGUCUACCCCAAUGGCACAAUUCGUACUGCAUACUCGUACAACCCAGAGUCCCAGCUGUACGGCCAGGGCAGUGGAAGCACCUAUUUUGACUCUCAAGCCGGUGGUACUCAGGUUACCACUGUCGUCUCCUCUGCUGGCGGAGUGCCCACUCACAGCAUGGUGGGAAUCGCCAUGGACGUGGGCAGCAGUCAGAUCAUCUCCAGCGGCAGUGCCUACUUGAUCCAUGGCGGGAUGGAGAGCGGCCGCCACCACACCUCUCACUCCUCACGCUCUUCAUCCGCAAUGCUUGAAGUGGCGAUUGAAAACCUCCAAAAGUCAGAAGGGAUUGCCACUCACAAAAGCAGCCUGCUCAACAGCCAUUUGCAGUGGCUGCUGGAUAAUUAUGAGACGGCUGAGGGUGUGAGUCUGCCGCGGAGCUCUCUGUAUAACCACUAUCUGAGACACUGUCAGGAGCAAAAACUGGAUCCGGUUAAUGCUGCCUCUUUUGGCAAACUCAUCCGAUCUGUCUUCAUGGGCCUUCGCACACGCCGACUUGGCACCAGGGGGAACUCAAAAUACCAUUAUUACGGUAUUCGUCUGAAGCCUGAUUCACCUCUCAACCGCUUGCAGGAGGACACGCAGUACAUGGCAAUGAGACAACAGCCUGUCCAUCAGAAACAGAGGUUUAAGCCCUUUCACAAGAUGGAUGGGAUGGGGGACAGUCUGAACAGCGGCUCCCUGCACCCGUCCAGCACCCCUGAGCAGAGCGUGGCGGCACAGAGCCAGCAUCACCAGCAGUACAUUGACGUGUCUCACGUCCUGCCCCCCUUCCCUUCUCCUGAUCUGGGCUCCUGUCCUCUGCCUGAGCCAAUCAGCAUGAACGAUGUGAAAAAACUACAGAGCAACUACAGGAUUCACUGUGAGGCUACUCUGGACGUAGUGAUGAACUUGCAGUUCCAUCUCAUAGAGAAGCUAUGGCAGACCUUUUGGUAUUCAACAGCGCCAUCUAGCGACGGAGCCACUACAAUUCCUAACAGUGAAGAGGAUGUGGAGGACAUCGGAGGAUUCCCCAGAGAGAAGCUGAUCGCUCUGUGUAAAUAUGAACCAAUCAAGCAGUGGAUGAGGAGCUGUGAUCACAUCCUGUAUCAGGCACUGGUGGAGAUCCUCAUCCCUGAUGUACUGCGGCCUGUUCCAAGCACCCUCACUCAAGCUAUCAGAAACUUCGCAAAGAGUCUGGAGGGGUGGCUGACCUCAGCCAUGAGUGACUUCCCACAGGAGAUUGUCCGCACUAAGGCUGCAGUAGUGAGUGCGUUUGCUCAGACCCUGCGCCGCUACACAUCUCUGAAUCACCUGGCCCAGGCAGCGCGAGCCGUCCUGCAGAACACGUCCCAGAUCAACCAGAUGCUCAGCGACCUCAACAGAGUGGAUUUUGCUAACGUGCAGGAGCAGGCGUCCUGGGUGUGCCAGUGUGACGAGAGUGUCGUCCAGCGUUUGGAGCAAGACUUUAAGGUGACCCUCCAGCAGCAGAGCUCUCUGGAUCAGUGGGCCGCCUGGCUGGAUAACGUUGUCAACCAAGUGUUGAAACCCUAUGAGGGCAGUACUAGCUUCCCCCGCGCCGCACGCCAGUUCCUGCUCAAGUGGUCUUUCUACAGCUCCAUGGUGAUCAGAGAUCUGACUCUGCGCUCGGCUGCCAGCUUCGGCUCCUUCCACCUCAUCCGUCUGCUUUAUGAUGAAUACAUGUUCUAUUUGGUAGAACACCGUGUUGCCAUGGCAACCGGAGAAACGCCCAUCGCUGUCAUGGGGGAGUUCAGUGACCUCAGCUCCAUGAUGCCGUCACUAAUGGAGAGAGAUGCCUCCUUCUCAGACGAUCUGGCCAGUGAUGGAGAUAUGUCGAGGAUGAGCGAGAGGAGCAUGAGCGAGCCGGCGGUGAAGAGAGAGCGAAUCGAGAUCAGUCCCUCCCUGCAGGAGAUCUAAGAGCAGGGUGUCAGUCUCACCCCACACCACCGCAGACCCAGCAGGACCACCUCAAAAGGCUGCUGGUGGCAAAGAUAACACUCAUCUGUGAGGUUGUUCUUUAUCUUGAGGGUACAAAGGUCUGUUUAGGGUCAGUGUGUGUCCCUCUCGCCUUUAGGUUUUCUGCAACUGUGAAACAAGAACGUGCUGGUUUUGUGAUAUGUUUCUUUUUUCAUGUGCCAUAGUCUUCUUUCAGUGCCUUAGAACACUAGAGCAGAACUGUCUUUCUCUUUGAUUUUUCUCUUGUUCUGUCGUUCUUUCGGCCGUGCCUCUAACCACAAAAUGAAUGUAUCGUCACAGAACCUCAGAUGUCUAAAGCACCUUUUAAAAAUGGUCACAUUUUUAGACUUUCUGCCUCGGCCGUUUCUUCGCGGUUCCUCAGGCGUAGAUGCAACCUGCUGACCCCAAAGCUGCCCGUUCAACUGCACCGCAGCGUCGACCCGAACCUGACGCACAUGCAAAGCCUUUUCAAUGCCGAAAUGGAGGGAGAACCAUUUUGUAGAUAAACCCCGGCCAUAUGAAAUGCCUAGUCUAUACCUCAACAGUUUUUAGUUUUAAUGAAUUAAUGUCUAACUUUUUAUUACAUUUUAUAAAAAUCACUAUAAAAGAGAUUAUUCGACUCGGUUUGGUCUCAUCGGUUGCCCUGAAAGCGCCCCAUUCUCGUUCGAAAGCUUUGGGAUGUACAUACGCCUACUGUGUUGAUGGAUAUUGUUCUGUUUUAGAUGAACCCAAGCAGAGCAGGUCCUAUCAAAACUGGUUUGUGAAACUUUUUGGUCGAGUCUUGUAAUUCUUUGAUGAGUUCUUAGUUGCUAAAAAGAGCCUAGUUGAUGUAUUGAACGUAACGGUGUGUGUGUGAGGCCUUCUGAAGUAACUGGAAGUGAGUGUGCACUCAACAGGUCAUGUGAAUAGUUUUUGUGUCGUUUUUAUUAAAAACGAACGUACAUUUUUUUAAUUGAUUAAAAUAACUUCUUAUACAUAUUUAAGUAGAUAUUGUGUAAAUAUAAUUGCAAAAAAAGUAAAAGCUACAUAUUAGCUAAAAACCCUUUUAAGGAGAUGUAGAAAACCCAAAAUAGACAUAUAAUAAAAUAUGCAGAUUCUUACAGAUACGCCUCAUCACCUGGUGCUGUACAUCUGAUGUUUUAGUUUUCACGCUUGUAAUGGAAACAGUGUGCCCACUUGGCUGACGUAAAGCUGGAAAUAUUUUCAGGAGAUAUGUCGUUUUCAGGAUACGUUUGUGAUUGUUUUUGACGAUGUUGUGCUGAACCCGGUUGGGAUCUUUACUGGUGCCUGGUAGUGGCCCGUAAUGGGCACCCUACAUGUCCCUCUGUGCUAUUUACAAAGAUCAACUUCAUUUCUACUAGCUUUGUGUUUGUUUCUGAGAAGUGAUUGGCAGAUGUUUUCUCACUGCUCUGUACUUUAACUCCUGUCAUGGUUCUUUGCCUGUUGUGUGCUUUUGGGAAGGGAAUUUGCUCAGUGUAUUUUUAUUUUAUUUUUAUUUUUUUGUAGUGCUGUUUUAAAGCUUCUGGCUAAGGAUUAUUUUUAUGGAGGUAAAUGCAAUUCUUCUCACUAUAUUGAAACCUUAUUUUUGUGUCUUAAAAAAAAAUUCUUUAUUUAGCCUCAACCGCUUAGUUCGACUGUAUUUUGUACUGGUAAAAAGUGUAAUAAAUUUGUGAAAACCA